GUUUUAGUUAGGCGCCAGGUAGGCGACGACAGUUCUUUCGCCCGCGAAUCUGUCGGACGAGGAUGAACAGCCGCUUGCAGGAGAUCAGAGAGCGGCAAAAAUUGCGCCGCCAGCUCCUGGCUCAGCAGCUUGGGGCCGAAAGUGCCGAUAGCAUUGGUGCAGUAUUGAAUAGCAAGGAUGAGCAGAGGGAAAUUGCUGAAACAAGGGAAGCAUGCAGGGCUGCUUAUGACACAUCUGCACCAAAUGCCAAACGCAGAUAUCCAGAUGAGGGAGAAGCUGAUGAAGAAGAAAUAGAAGAAUAUAAGGUUAAAGAUGAAGUAGAAUUGCAACAAGAUGAAGAGAACCUGCCCUAUGAAGAGGAAAUUUACAAAGAUUCCAGUACUUUUCUUAAGGGGACCCAGAGCUUAAAUCCUCAUAAUGAUUAUUGCCAACACUUUGUGGAUACUGGACAUAGGCCUCAGAAUUUCAUCAGAGAUGUGGGCUUAGCAGACAGGUUUGAAGAAUAUCCAAAGCUUCGAGAGCUUAUCAGACUGAAGGAUGAACUAAUAUCUAAAUCGAACACUCCCCCUAUGUAUUUACAAGCUGACUUGGAGGCUUUUGAUAUGCGUGAACUCAAGUUCAAGUUUGAUGUGAUUCUUUUGGAGCCACCUUUGGAAGAAUACUACAGGGAGACUGGCAUUACAGCUAAUGAGAAGUGCUGGAAUUGGGAUGAAAUUAUGAAGCUAGAUAUAGAGGAGCUAGCUUCCCCGCGUUCUUUUGUCUUCCUUUGGUGUGGUUCUGGGGAGGGCCUUGAUCUUGGCAGAAUGUGUUUGCGUAAAUGGGGCUAUAGAAGAUGUGAAGACAUCUGUUGGAUUAAAACCAACAAAAACAAUCCUGGGAAGACCAAGACUCUGGACCCUAAGGCUGUCUUUCAAAGAACAAAGGAACACUGCCUUAUGGGCAUUAAAGGAACAGUCCGUCGUAGUACUGAUGGAGACUUUAUCCAUGCUAAUGUCGACAUAGAUUUAAUUAUCACAGAAGAGCCCGAAAUUGGCAAUAUAGAGAAACCAGUGGAAAUAUUUCACAUCAUUGAACAUUUUUGCCUUGGAAGACGGCGACUUCACCUCUUUGGCCGGGAUAGCACAAUCCGACCAGGCUGGCUAACUGUGGGACCCACACUCACAAACAGCAACUUCAAUGCAGAAACAUAUACGUCCUAUUUCACAGCUCCAAAUUCCAACCUAACUGGCUGUACGGAAGAGAUUGAGAGACUCAGACCUAAAUCGCCGCCGCCAAAAGACCGAGGCGGUGGUGCACCGAGGGGUGGAGGAAGAGGCGGGACUUCAGCUGGCCGAGGAGAAAGGGGCAGAGAGAGAAACAGAACAAAUUUUCGGGGGGAAAGGGGAGGGUUCCGGGGAGGACGGGGGGGUGCCCACCGGGGCGGCUUUCCUCCUCGUUGAACGUAUCAAAGUCUCAAUCUUGCCCUGCCUUAAUACCACUGCUUUUCCUUUGUUUAAAGUCUUCUGCCGAGGUUGUACUUAUUAGCGACUGAGUCCAGAAUUUUAGUACCGACUAUAUUAUUUCUUUUUUUAUCUACAUGCUGUUUGAGCCAGCCCAAUUACAGCACAUCAGUUUCCUUGAUGGGCAACAUCCAGUGCUUGUGACAGAUCUCAUUCACAAAAGUUGAAAUCAAAGCAGAAUCACCUCCCAGUGGUUUCAGUUGUGGUUUCAAGAGCUUUCAAGAGCUUAAUGUUGAUCUUGACUCAUAUGCUGAACAAAAAUCCUUGCUUGCCCUCUCUAAACACUAUUUAUUCUCAGGCUAAUGAAAUGCAACUCUAGUUCCCAUUGCAAUACUAGAAAAUUGGUGCUGAUGUAAAACUGUUAUCAUAUUUGGCAUUUUAUUUAACAACUUGUGUCAAAUAUGUUAAUUUUACUUUUAAGAGGUGAUUGACCUUGAGACUAAUGAUUCAUAGGAAGCGCAGAGAACCUAUUAUCUGUAUUCUGUUGAUACCUCAUAUCCGUAUGUCAACACAUAGUCCAUAUAUGUGUGUAAUCAGGGAAGGAUGCAAAGAGUGGUGGUGAUGGCUGCCUUUUUUAAGAAAGAAAGUUAAAAUCUUGAUAAUACCUAUAAUGAUUUACCACAUUCAUUGGCUGAAUUAGAUUUAGAUUUACUUGCAAAAGGCUCAAAACACUUAAGAAUAUGGUCCAACUAAACUGAAGCAUUUUAGUGGAAGAAAUUCAGGUAUGCUGAAUUUCCUGUUAAAAGCUGUUGGGACUUCAGAAGGAGCCAGGCUGGAUUGUGCUGUAUGUAUGUAUAAUACCAAAAUGAUAGGAAAUUACUUCUAGAAUACUGCUUGUAAAUAUGAACUCAUUUGCUCUUUUAUUGCAGCCCAGGUACUUUGAUCCACAUAAACAGCAGAGUGGGGGCUACAGGCUGUUCUCCCCUUCUCUCCCCCACCCCCCAAAUGAUCAUUUGAAUUUUUUUGUUGGUUGUUUUUUUUAAAAAAAACCUGAUGUUAUGGAUUGGUUGUGUAUGAUGAAAUCUGAUGAAAUUUCAGCUCAUCUUGUCAGGAAUCCUCCAGACUAGAAGUUGUAAGGACUCAAAAUUUCUUGUACUUUGGUUCCUGAAAGCCAGCUUUUAAAUGUCUUUUUAAGUGAUGGGGAAUGUAUUUUUACUAUUUUUGAUAAAUGUAUAGUUAUUUUAUUGGAUGCUUGCCUUUAUUUUAUAUAUUUUCAUAAGCGGGUUCUUGUCAGUUUUCACGUUCAGCUUUGCAAGUUUAAACCCUAGGUUUCUCAUAGGUGCACCAAAUGUUAUUAGGCUUAAUUCAGGUUCAAGCAGCUUGAAUCAAACUGUAUGUGGGGGGGAAACGUGCUGCUAUAAUUUUAAGUAUAUGCUAUAUAAAAUUACUCUUGAGGUCCUACUCUGUGACUGGGCAACGGCAUGGGUCAGUAUCGAUUUAUAUAUAAAGGUGGGUGUUGGACUACUCUCUGCAAUGCAUAUAUAGAUUCAAUAAAUAAAUAAAAUGCAGGAAUAUGCAGCUGUCCCAAAUGGGGAUUGAACCCGCAACCUUGGAGUUAUCAGCACCACAUUCUGACCAACUGAGCUAGAUCAGAGUAUUUUAAACAGCCACUGAGCACAGGCCCUUCUUGAGCUAGAUUUUAUAUUUUAAGUUGGCAGCUAUACUUAUUCAUAUCUAGGAUAUAAUUUAGGAAACCACUACCUUAACUUAUUGGCCCUAUUUUGUUUCCAAUCUGAUAAUUUAGUAUUGUAGGUAAACAGCGACAACCUUACUUACCUAAUCAAGUGCACAACUUUUUGAUACUCGCAAAGCUUCCUUAAAUAAUAAUAUAAAAAGCCCUCCUGAAAUCUAGUCACACAGAGACUUCCGGUCUGUCGCGGCGGAGAGAAGGACGCAGGCUUCGCAGAGGGGGGGGAAGUCCGCAGAGCGAGCGGACUCCCCGUAAAAGCACCGGGUAGAGAGUCCCGGUGACUCACGCGCCCAGCGGCUGCUCCGUUUUGCGGAUCCCCCGCUGCCCGAGAGCUCAGUAGAGCGAUCGAGAGCCGGCGGGGUGGAACCGCGGGAGCCAUUUUGGGCUAUAUCUUACCUCCGAGAAGCAAAGCUCCGAGUCCUGACCCGGCAAGCGGCGGAUUCUUCCGAACAAAAUUAAAGGUUUCCAUGAAGUAAGUGGAAUUUUGAUUUGGACUUUAAAUUUACUAAUUGGAAAAAUAGGAGAGACUUUAAAGAAACGGAAGUCGGUCUCUUCCUAAUGGAAAACUGGGAGGCGUUUUAAAUAAACCUAAGCCGAACGACGAAAAAGUAUUUGGGAUUGUGGACCCGAGAGGAAAAAAGAUCUUUUCGAACCAUCUCAGCUCCCGAGUCCGGCACCCCUUGAGGUACAGCAUUAUUAAGGGGAAGAGCGCUUUGACAGCUGUCAAAAGCUGCCAAACUGUUAAAAGAUCGGGUGGAUUUAUUGCAUUGCUGUGAACAGUAAAAAUUGAUUGAAAACGUGGUAGAACUAUUUAAAUCGGAAUUAAGAAUGGAUUUGUGAUUGAGUUAAAGAACAAAGAGAAAGAACAGCCAAAAUGGAGUCGAUCGUCUGAGGAAGGAAUUUUCCAGCACCCUUUGUUCCCCACCUCCUGUUUGUCUGCGGUUAAGAGAAGUAUGAAAACAAAGUACUCUCGAGCCUUCCAGGAGGCUGUGCUGAACUAUCUACAAACAUGGGAGGACAUUUACAAGGAACGGCAACAUCCCAAUUUACCAUCAGUUGAGGUUGAAGUCCAGGUUCAGGACUUAGAGGAUAAUUUGGAUUUGGAGACUGCUGAGUCUGAGACUGUGUGUGAGGAGAAACAACUUGAUGAAAGUAUUAAAGAGGACUUGGACUAUAACAAACAUGUUUGGGAUGAAGCAAAGCAUGGAUUUCAAAAGGAAGAAAAACAAGCAGAGCAAGAAAUUGAGAAGCAAAGGAAUUUAAAGAUUAAUGGA